AAUUUUUUUUCAUAUUACAUUUGUAGAAUUGUUGGCAUUCUUCCGGUCCAUUUAUGGCUCGCGUAGAUUCUGGAAUCCUCCCACUAUCGACUCCAGCCAAUCAGAUUUCAGAACAGUCUUUCACUAAUGCCCACUUUUUGGGUUUCGCACAGCAUAGGUGGCGCGAUGUGCUUAUGGAGCCAACACGCCAUUAACUCAAGAAGAAGAAAGAUGGAAGAGCCCUCCUGUUGCUAAGAGACUGUUGUUGUUGUUGUAGCAGCAGCAUGUGAAGCUACAAGCCACUUUAUUUCUAUUUGAACUGACAACACAUCCAGAAACAAUGCCACCGAAGAAAAAAGCAUCCACCAAGUCCUCAAAGGGCAAAACUCCAACAGUAGUGGACGGCGUGCCCACUGAGGAGAUGUCUAAAGAGCAGCUGGAGGAGCACAUUGUCCGUCUGCGAGAGGAGCUCGACAGAGAACGAGAGGAGCGCAACUAUUUUCAGCUGGAGAGAGACAAAAUCCACACGUUCUGGGAGAUCACCAAAAGACAUCUUGAAGAGAAGAAGUGUGAGCUGAGGAACAGAGAGCGUGAGACGGAAGAGGCAGAGGAGCGCCACCAAGUGGAGAUUAAGGUCUAUAAGCAGAAGGUGAAGCACCUGCUGUAUGAGCAGCAGAACAGUGUGUCAGAGCUGAAGGCAGAAGGAGUGAUCAGCUGUAAACUGCAGCAGAAGGAACACGCUGAACUCGAGAACCAGCUGCACAAGAACAUACGCUGCUUGAAAGUGGACUUGAAAGAGCAGGAACUGUCCAAUGAGAAUGUGCUUAAGAACCUUCAGCUGAAAAACGACGAGGAAAUGACUCAUCUAAGAAAUGAUUUUGCCAGACAAGUCAGAGAAAUCGGGACCAAAUAUGAGAAAAGGAUGCAAAAACUGCGUGAAGAGGAAGAACUGAGACGCAAAACAGAGAUUCACGAGAUUGAGGAACGAAAGGACAGUCACAUUAACACGCUGAUGAAGAACCAUGAGAAAGCUUUCAGAGACAUGAGAAACUAUUUCAAUGACAUCAUCAAAAAGAAUCUGGACCUCAUUACUUUACUCAAGGAGGAGUUGAAGGAGUUGAAAAAGAAGGAGGAGAGGAGAAAUAAAGAGAUGAUAGAACUGCUUGAGCAGAAUAAGGAGCUUCUGGAAUCUCCACAGAAGGCCAAACAGGAAGUCACAGAGCUUCAGAAGCAACUUAUCAACUAUGAGAAGGACAAGAGUGCUCUGACUAGAGCCAGAGCUCGUCUCAAAGUGUGUGACCGAGAAAUGAAGCAGCUGAAAUGGGAGCAUGAAGUGUUGGAGCAGAGAUUUACCACGGUUCAAUCAGAGCGAGACGAGCUCUACGUGAAGUUCACCAAAGCCAUCCUGGACGUCCAGCAGAAGAGCGGCUUUAAAAACCUGCUGCUGGAGCGCAAACUGAGCACACUCAACCAUAUGCUGGAGAAGAAAGAAGCUCAGCUCAGCGAGGUGCUGUCUGCCUCAAACCUUGACCCUGCUGCCCUCAAUGUGGUCACGCGCAAGCUUGAGGAGGUUUUGGACUCCAAGAACCAUACUAUCACAGACUUACAAUAUGAAGUGGCACGAGUUUGCAAGGCCCAUAAUGACCUGCUGAGAACUUCUGAAGCUAAGCUGCAGGCGUUUGGGAUCCCUAUGGAUGAACUCGGCUUAAAGCCACUGGAGAGCAGCAUUCCUGGUCAGACACUCGGUUUGGGCCCUGCUGUCUCAUUUCUGCCCCAAAUUAGCCAAAAAGAGAGAAAAAAUACAUGGCCUCAAUCUAAAUAAAAUAAAAUAAUAUGAUAAAAUGACUUGUUUCUUAUCUAACACAAAUAGAGUUCAGAGAUUCGCAGUGGAGUUUUCUAUGAAACUGCAGCUUCCUACUGUAGUGGCCUAUUACCGGAAUGAAGAGCAUUGUGUGAGCUUAAUAAGUAAUAACUGGCCAUAUCCAAUAUUUCAUUUGUUUUUGUCAUUUCUCUCAGGACAUACUUUUGUCUUUUAGACAAUGGUAAUUUGGGUAGUCUUUGUAGUUGGCAAAUGUACACAAUAUAAGUGAUAGAAUUCACUUUUCCAACAUCCCAUUCCCCAAGUUGGGAAAAACUUUCAAGCCACAGUGUGCUUAUUUUUUAAACUAAAACAAAACAAAACAAAACACACACACACACACACACACACACACACACACACACACACACACACCCAUUUGUCAUGUUUGCAGUGGUUCUAUAGAUGAUCCCAUUUUCAGGAUCUCACCAAAGGCCCCACAAAACUAUGGAUCUGCCAUGAUUUCACCCCAGAAAUAAACUGGUUGUGUUUUUAAUCUGUUAUCAGUUCUUCCGUGAUAUGAAAGUAUUUCAUAUAAUCACUUUUCAUAAGGGCUGCCAAUUUAAUGCAUUAAUUUGGUGCAAGUUAGUUAUUUUGAAUAAGUAUCAACUCUAACACAUCCGUGGGUCAUUUCACUUUAUUUGAAUAUAUAUUUUGUUUGGUUUUAUUUAGCUG